AUGGUCCCCUCCGUUUUCCAGAACCUUCCACACCAUACCAUUGCCUUUAACUACGAAAUCCGUAGAUGCGGUUCUGAUCAGGCCACGUGUCCCAUUCUCCACGUCAUCAUCCGACGUGGCGCUUGCUAUAACCUUGUAAUUGAUACGCUGUCUUCAAGAAGAGUUAACGGGGUUUCCUCUGCGUUUUGGAGCUUUCGUCUUGUCGUUUUUGGAAACUUUCGCCUUGUCGUUUCGGAUCGGAGUUUCCAAGCCAUGAGCGAAAACGAAGCAGCGGAGGAUGCGAAGGUGGUGGUUGUGGAGGAAGGAUGCGCCGAGAAAAUGGUUUACAUGUGGGGAUACCUUCCCGGAGCCUCGCCGGAAAAAUCUCCGAUACUGUCUCCGGUGUUAGUGCCCCUCUCCGACCCUGCACUUGCAGGAGAUUCGUGGCAGGACGUGUGCGGCGGUGGUUGCGGAUUCGCCGUAGCCAUCUCAGAGAAAGGGAAGCUCAUUACGUGGGGUUCUUCGGAUGAUGAAAACCAGAGCUACUUGACAUCGGGAAAGCAUGGGGAGAUUCCAGGGGCUUUUCAGAUUCCCGCCGAGGCUUCAGUGGUGAAGGCUGCUGCUGGUUGGGCUCACUGUGCUACAGUCACUGGCGAAGGUGAAGUGUAUGCAUGGGGCUGGAAAGAAUGUGUGCCAUCAGGGAAAGUCAUUACUGAUUUCAUCACUAUUGGAAGCCUCCCAAAGGAUGCUUCUAGGAAACAAAGUUCAUCAAUAGCCGAUCAAGGAAGCCCUCAAAGCUCAAACACAAGCAGUGGAUCAGAUUCUCAUCCUGACAAGAAAGUGGGAGAUGAUGUUGUGAAGAGAAGGAAGAUCUCUUUCACAAGACAGGACUCUGACGGUCAAGCAUCUGGAGAUGAAUUCUUUACUGUGUCCCCUUAUGUUGUGAGCCUUGGUAAUGGAGUGAAAAUUACUUCUGUAGCAGUUGGUGGGCGGCAUACCUUGGCACUGUCAGAUGUCGGACAGGUCUGGGGUUGGGGCUAUGGAGGUGAAGGACAGCUAGGAUUGGGUUCCCGAGUAAAGAUGGUAUCAUCCCCUCAUCUUAUACCUUGUAUUGAGUCUGCUUCUGGGAAGGAUAAAUCCUCGGUUUUUCAUCAAGGAAGUGAUGCUGGAGCUCAAGGUUCAAAUGUUCCUGGAAGUUAUGUGGUGGAAAUUGCUUGUGGAGGUCGGCAUAGUGUGGUGAUAACAAAUACUGGUGCCCUUCUUACUUUUGGCUGGGGUCUGUAUGGCCAGUGUGGACAAGGGAAUAAUGCUGAUCAGCUGAGACCAACUCUAGUUCCUUCUUUUCUGGGAACGAGAAUCCAAAAAGUUGCUGCUGGACUUUGGCAUACAUUGUGUGUUACUGUAAAUGGUCAAAUUUAUGCAUUUGGUGGGAAUCAGUUUGGACAGUUGGGUACCGGUAGCGACCAGCCUGAGACCUCACCCAGACAGUUGGAUGCUUCCCGUUUUGAGAAUAGGCAUUCUAGUAUAGUUUCUUGUGGGGCUCGUCACAGUGCUUUGCUAACAGCUGAUGGGCACCUAUUCACUUGGGGCUGGAACAAAUACGGUCAGCUUGGUUUGGGAGAUUCUGUUGACAGAAACAUUCCUGGUCAAGUUUCUAUUGCUGGUUGGCGGCCAAGAAAUGUUGCCUGUGGCUGGUGGCAUACACUGCUGCUGGUUGAUAAAACCGAUUAA